AAUUUAAACGCUUUUUCUAAUUUUCAGUUUCACAGAAAUUUCGAUGGGAUUUCGUGAACGACCAUAUGGCCCUUAAGACCCAAACCAUGAAAGAAUGGGCCACUAAUUGGGCUACUGAAGGAGAACAAAAGAAAUAGAAGCCUUUCAAUUUUUUUAUUGGGUCUAAAACUAGAGGCUUCGAGCGGCAACGAAACCUCCUCUGCCCGUGACGGACACCUUUCGCCGGACUAUGUCGGUUUCCCAUGGCAAGCUCUCUACCUCCGACGUCUUCUCUAAUCUACUGAUAGUUCUCUCCAUCUUCCUGUUGACUAACUGACUACUGCCAUUGGAUUUGAGGAUUCAUUUGUUAAUAGAAUUGCAAUUGCAGAUAUAAUUAUAUUGCUGGUCAUGAUUUAAAUUCUCAGAUAUAAAUAAUGGCUGAUUUGUCCAUUACUGAUCGAAGAUAUACUUACAUUCAUGACUGUAAAUGGCCUUCCGAAGCAAUUGACGUGCACCAUAUUGUAGUUCGGAAGAGCAAAACGAAGAGUUUCUUUGUAUACCUCUCCGCUUUUGUUCUUUUACCAAACGCCUUAUGUCUCUUUCUAGUCAAGGACAUAUCAAUCAACAUUCUCUUCUGGAGCUUCAUUUUAAGUGCAAUCCUUGUCAAAUUGAUUAUUUGGAAGCCUGUUGUAAAAGUCUUAUGUUGGAAUGACUCAGAAUCUGUUGUGGUAAUGCCAGCUUUUGGAGUCCAAUUUGAAACACACUAUACAAGUGGAAGGAUUGUCCGACACUUUGUUCCAAUUGGCAAGAUUUUGAAACCUGUGCUGCUAGAAUGCGUGACUCCUAUAACUUGUUACUGGAGCCUAUCUUUGAUUUUGCAUGGGGAAGGAGAACUAAUGUUGGUAUUUAAGGAAUUGUAUCCACCUGUGAAGAUGUUGGUCCCUAUCUGGAAGGCCUUGUGUAGUGCCACUGGCAAUGAAGAAAGCUCAGUCACAUCUACAGAAGAUGGUUAACUGUACUGAAGGAUUUCAUCUCCAGAUGAUGAUGUUUAUCUCACUCUCUUAAUUUGAAGUUUAAUCAAUCCAUAUCUAUUUCUUAAUCAUUUGCUGAUAUUAUUUAUACACCACGGUUCAUGAUACCCAUUUCCAUUGGACAUCUCUUAGCUGCAGGUCCAAAAGCAAUAUGUGGAUUAGGACUUGCCUUGCUUGAGCAACCACAUUCAGUUAAGUCCACAAAUAGGUCAGAUUUUGGCGCACAGUUUAAAUUAACAUUUUGCAAGAACAAUGAAGAGAUAAAGAUGAGGCAGAUGCAGAUUAGCCCAACAGAAGUAGAAAUACCAAGUUAACAAUGAUUGAUAUACAAUGUAUGAUUAUGCUUUAGAGGAACAGAAGAUAGGGAGAGUUUUGACUGCUAGUUAACAAAAUGAUGUUGAAAACAAAGGGAAAUCAUUGUGUUUAACAAUGAUAUUUUGACACCCUUUCAGUUAAAAAGACAUUUGCGGCCCGUCAUGAAGAAUUAAACGAGCUGAUGAUAGAAAUGAGACGAUCAAGAUCGACAAAGCCCAACAGGCAAAAUGCUUGGUCUCAGUGGUGGGAAAAAUCGUUUUGAGACCAUUCGUCAUAGGGGUACCCUAGGUGCUUCAUUAAUACGAGUAAAGAAGAUGAACUUGUCCUAAUAAGAUUAACAUUAAAUAGACCCACUGCUCAGAAGGUACAUAGAAUACUGUUAAGUAAAAUGUCCUUCAGACGACCCCGACUCCAGCUCGUGUGCCUGAGAUAUGUAUAAAGUUUGGUAGGGGAAUUGGAGGACAUUUUACAUCAAUCUUCCAAAUUCAGUAAUUGGUUGUAUUCAUCAGAGUGAGUGUGACAUUUGAUUUAACGCGACACAAGACUAUAAAAGUACUUUUGGAUAGAAA